CCCACCUCUUCCUCCGUCUUGGGCUUGUUUAGCAGCGCGUGCACUCACAGCUAGAAACUUCUGACCAAACUCAUGCCAGCACAUUGCACCCCUCCACCGCAAAAGGGGUAGAAGGGAGCAAACACGGGAUCGGAUAUAUCGUCAGAACAAUCGUAUAAGAUGCCAUCUCACCCUUUCAACGAGUACCCUGACCUAGAAGAGAUGAUGUGCAAGCAUCUACUGAGUCUGGACCUCAAGGAGCAGCACAGAGCAGCUCCGCCCCUCAGCCUGGAGAUGAGAACACCAGGUUUCUUCAGUCAGCCGUGUAAAAGCGCCUCAUUUUCUCUCUCAAGCCUCCCCACGGAUUCUCCAGAAAGUCUCUUUCUGACGUCCAGCCAAUGGGCGCAGCAGUCUGAGGGCCCCCUGCCCUCCCAGCGUGGUAAUUCCUCCCAGUGGGGAAAGAUGAGCUUUCUUUCCCAGCGCUCUGUCAGCAUGGUGGAGACGAGCUGCAUGCCAGCAGCAAGUCUAGGCUGGUCCAGGACUGAAAAGACUCACCUGGAUGAGAUGGGCCCCUCUGUUUUCAACGCUGUAUCUCCCACAUCAUCGGUCUCUGGCUCCUCCUCCUCGCGCUACAAAACUGAACUGUGUCGCUCUUUCACAGAGAAUGGGUUGUGCAAAUAUGGCGGGAAGUGCCAGUUUGCCCAUGGGUCAGAAGAGCUGCGUGACCUGAACAGACACCCCAAGUAUAAAACUGAGCCGUGUCGCACCUUCCACACCAUUGGUUUCUGCCCGUACGGGAUCCGUUGUCACUUUAUCCACAACAACGAGGAGGAAAAUAAGCACGCCUCUUCUCGCUCAUCACUCAUCAUUCCUCACCAGCUCCCGUCGUCAACGCGCUCACACAGACCCCCCCUCAUCAGGCAGAGUUUCAGCUUUGCUGGUUUCCCCUCUGUCCCUCAGCACGCCCUCCAGCCCGUCUCGGCUCCUCCUGCCGCUGGCUCAUUCACCUGUGGCUCACUGGCCUCGCCGUCCUGCGCUGACAUCACUGACCUUCUCUCCAACACCUUCAUGGACAUGGAUUCUGCCUUCGAGGCUUCUCCUGCCCAUCAGUGCCAGCCUUCUAUGAGCCAGAGUGCCCCAACUGACCCGCGGUCCCCGUUCCUGCCCUCUCCUGAUUCUGGCUAUUCCCCAUGCGCGCUCUCCCCAAGUGGCUCACCUUCUCUCAGGCAGAGUCCUGGCAUUGCCGAGGUCCUCUCGGGGCCACUUGGGGCACGCUCGUUGUCCUACACCUCUCUGUCAGACCAGGACCAGGAUGGAGGCAGCUCUGCUAGCUCACUGAGCGGUUCCGAUUCUCCCGGGGGGAAUAAUGAUAGCAGCGGCAAACGUCUGGCGGUGUUCAGUCAGUUGUCGGUUCCUGAAGAUGCUGCUGGCGUCUCUCUUUAGGCUGCAGAACAUUUUAAAGUCCGUGCAUGUGUUCGUACAGUUAUGUGCAGCGCUCUUUCACACGGUCUACACAGACGAUGUUCUUUGCACCUGUGUAGCAUUAAAGUUAACGAGGACUUACUGAGGGACUAAAGGCUGUUAGAUCUGCACAGUUAAGUUAUUCCUGUUCUGUCUGCAAACCAGUGAUUCAGAUAUUAAAAGUGUUGCCACCAAAACAGAUGACAUAUCGAGAUGUUUUACACUGACAAAAAUGUAUUUUAUCCUUUAUCUAAAUGGUGACCAGAGGGGAUUAAACACAACAUUAUAUAUAUAUAUAUAUAUAUAUAUAUUUAUAAUCCAAAUCACAGUGAGCUAUUGGUGUCGAACCCGAACUGCGUCUUUCACAAACCCCGAGUGACUUUAGUCUGCGAUGAAGCCAAAGAUGAUAUUUUUGUAGCUCAGACUCGUGAAACGCACUCGUGGUGGCCGACAGUUAGGAGUUCCUCCAAUUAUUGUUCUCAGUAUUGUUUAUAAGCUUGUGAAAUUGUUCUUUUCAUCCACAAUUUGCAGUAUGGGGGUUAUAUUUCCAUCACUGGGCCUUGAACCUGACAGGUUUUUACGCGAUGUGCCUGAACAAUUUUUAUUAUUUUUUUUAAUCAGAUCCUGUCGCAUUGUCGAACCAAUAUUGUGAUUAGUUAAGAGUUGUGAACAAAGGUGAGACUCUUCUUUUGUUGACGCUUUUAGGAGAGCGUCGAUGGUUUUGCCUGCCGGCUGCAGCAAGACGUCAGAAAUCAGUAGAUGGUGAGGAUUUAAAGAGACAAAAGCCUAAACGUUGACAUGACGUUUAAAAUCCUUUGUUUCUGUUGCUGAGUUGUUUGUCAACAAAUGUUACCAGCUCUCUUUGAUCCACAGAUGGUUUCUGACAUCUCAAUGUUUUUUUUUCCUCUGAUCCUCACAUGUCAUCAUUCAGUAUUACUACUUGCUGUUAAAGCUUCGUUUUGUUUAGACGUCCAUCUCCUCCACCUUCCUGAAGACUAGUUCCAGCAUAUUGUACGAUUUAGUAGUAGUGUUUUAGGAAAUGUUAGUGUGUGUGUGUGUGUGUGUGUGUGUGUGUGUGUGUGUGUGUGUGUGUGUGUGUGUGUGUGUGUGUGUGUGUCAUGUAGUUGGUUAGAGGGCCAGACCUCCUGUACGUUCUAUUUAAAACUGCCUUUUCAUCAACACGUUUGACACCUGUUUAGUGACGAGGUGAUCAUCUUUAGUAAAUUAAUUUCUUUAAUUUAUUUUAACGUAUUUAUAGAAGACUUCUCAGUUAACGCUUGUAUCGAGUUUAAUAUAUUUGGGUUUCUUCUGUGUUUGUACUUGAAAUAAAGGUUUCAUUUUUUUAAA